AUGUUGGGUCUCAAUCUUAUCCACAAGCUCUUGAAUCUUGUAGCUCCCCCUUUCACCUUCUUCUCCCUCUGCCUCUUCCUGCCACCCUUUUAUCUCUUCAAGUCCUUCCUCUGUGUGUUGAGCUCCAUUUCCAGUGAAAACGUCAAUGGAAAGGUGGUCCUCAUCACCGGUGCCUCCUCUGGUAUUGGAGAGCAUUUGGCUUAUGAGUAUGCAAAAAGAGGGGCACGGUUAGUUCUUGUUGGGAGGAGAGAGGACUCAUUGAGAGAAGUUGUUGAUCGAGCAAGUGACUGUGGCUCCCCAGAUGUUCUUAUGGCCCGUGCUGAUGUUUCCAAGGUUGAAGACUGCAAGAGAAUUGUUGAUGAAACAAUCAACCACUUUGGAAGGUUGGACCAUCUGGUGAAUAAUGCUGGGAUCACUUCACUUGGCAUGUUGGAAGAAGCAACUGAUAUCACUAAUUUUAGAGCCAUCAUGGACACAAACUUCUGGGGUUCAGUUUAUACGACCCGUUUUGCAAUUCCACAUCUGAGAAGCAACAAAGGUAAAAUCGUGGUGCUUUCUUCCGCUGCUUCGUGGUUGCCUAUACCAAGGCAGAGCAUUUACAAUGCAAGUAAAGCAGCUCUGUUAAGCAUGUAUGAGACACUGAGGAUUGAGUUUGGUCCAAACAUCCAAAUCACAAUUGUAACUCGUGGAUACAUAGAGUCUGAGCUCACCCAAGGCAAAUUUUUAAUGAGUGAUGACGGCAAGAUGAUAGUGGAUCAAGACUUGAGAGAUGCUCAAGUAAGUGCGACUCCCGUUGGGUCAGUGGAAGGGUGUGCAAAAGCAAUAGUGAACAGUGUGUGCCGUGGGGACAGGUACUUGACAAAGCCAGCAUGGUUCGGGGUGACAUAUAUAUGGAAGGUGUUUUUCCCUGAGCUGCUGGAGUGGGGUUAUAGAUUGAUGUACGUGACAAGGCCAGGCUAUUCGGCCAAAGAAGCACCAAGCAAGAAGAUCUUGGAUUACACUGGAGCCAAGAACGUAGUCUACCCUGAAACCCUCCACAGUCCUGAAGUCAAGACAGAUUGA